AGCCUGCUGUCAUAUAAGGGGUACUAGAGCCACAAAAUACCCCGUGGAGGGGUAAAAAAAACGCUAAACGUUCUGCUUCCUUCUCAGACUCAACAGACACGGUUAGAAGUUCUGCUGGUUCUGUUCAGUCCCAUUGUGUUCUGUUGGUUUUGUUGGGUUUUGCUGGUUCUGGUGGUUCUGUUCAGCCCAGCUGUAACCAGAUCCCUGAACAGAAUGGGAGUGUUUGUUUUAACCGUGCUGGUUCCGAUCCGGGUCUCUGCCUCUGGUUUCCUUCCUGCUCUCUGGGCCCCCGGGACCGGCUGGGGCCCGGGUUUCCGGAGCGGAUGCCUCAGGCGGGUCGAGGCUCAGAACCUCAGCGACUGGCUGCUGGAAUGGCUCUUCUGCUGUGGGUUCUGAUGCUGCCGGUUCUGGAGGCCGGGCCGGGCCGGCAGCAGGCCUGCCUGCCUCUGUGUUCUGAAGGCCGCUGCCUGACGGUGAACCGGGCCGGACUGGACUUUGACUCGGCGUCGGCGGCGUGCCACAGGCGGGGCGGAGAGCUGCUGACGCUGCAGGCUGAGAGCAGCCACCGGCUGUUGGCCCGGCUGGCUCCGGUUCUGUCCGGUAGCUUCUGGAUGGGACUGCGGCUGCCGGCCGGGUCCUGCAGCGACCCGGCAGAACCGCUUAGAGGGUAUCGCUGGACCUCCGGCGCCGCCAACGGCACCUUCAACUCGUCCUGGGUCCGGUGGGCGGCCGGCGCCGCGGUCUGCUCGUCCAGUUGCGUGGCGCUGGCCCGGUACCGGGUCUGGACGGAGCAGCCGUGUUCCGACAGACCUGACGGGUUUCUGUGCGGAACCGCAGACAGCAAUGCAUGCUGGGAGCAGGAGCUCUUCUUCAACGGCCCCUUCCGGUGCGACGACGCCCCCUGCCAGCAGCGGUGUGCGGACGCCGAGGGCGGGAUCAGAUGCUCCUGUUUCCAUGGUUACGUCCCGGACGGCGAGGACCCGCGGCGGUGCCGGCAGCACUGCGCCCAGCAGAGCUGUCCGGCGGUGUGCGCGGCGGGCGGCGCGGCGUGCCGCUGCGCGGACGGCUUCCUGCUGGAGGAGCGGCGGUGUGAGGACAUCGACGAGUGUCACAUGGGGCAGUGCGACCAGAUCUGCCUCAACACCUUCGGCAGCUUCCUGUGCUCCUGCCGCCGAGGCUUCCUGCUGACGGGACAGGUGCGGUGCGUCGCCGUGGCAGCAGGUGAGGUCGUGACCCCGGCGGAUCGCGACAGCACUCUGAGGGCCGCCUCGGCUCCGCCGGGGCCCUUCCUCUGGGUCUGGGUGGGGGCCGCCGUGGUUCUGGUGGCAGCCGUGUUUCUGCUCAGACUUUACGUUGUUCGGCGUCAGAAACGCAGAGAGCGAAGCUCCGGCCAGCAGCCGGCCGCUUCCGCUCCUCCCCCGGACCUCUGAACCACAGCUUUGGAACCUUUACGCUGUGGAGGACAGAAGCUGGCAGUCGGCAUUCAGGGUGGUAGUUAAACAUUAAAAUGGCUGCCUUCUCUCCAUGUAGAAUUAUGUUUGUAACUUUUCUUCAAACUGUUGCCAUGGUUACCAUAACAGUUUGUUAGGAGACAGAUCAUCUGAAACAUCAAUCUCCUCCGAAAACAGUCAGUCAGAGCCAGGAGGCGGAGCUUAGUGCUGCUAAUCACCACCAUGUACUUGCCGCUAAAUGUGCUAAUGGCAGAGAAACAACUUGGCCGUCAUCGGUGGCUAUGCUAACUAGCCUUAGCAUUCAUGACAGCCUGUGCUAGCUGGAAUGUAGCAGAGAGCAGGGGGAGAUGAGCAGCGCCACAGCAGGUUGUGAUUAACAGCGCUAAGUCUGGCUGCACCGAUCUAUUAAAAGUCCUGACCUGCCAGUUCCGAUUUUGGCCAAUAUCAAUUUUUUUUGCCUAAAAUGUUGGUAAAAUGAGGCAAAUCAGCACGGACCAAUCGGAGCAUCGCUAGCGCUAAGACCCGCCUCCUGCCUGUGAUUGGUCAUUUGGAGUUAGCGCUCAGAGAAGGAAGAGCAGAUUGUCUCGGCAGUAUAAACAAAUAUGUAGAAAAUAUUUUUAGAAAAGUUAUAAACUGCAGCUUUAAUGCAAUUUCAGAAAAAUCCUUCAGAGGAAAUGUUUAGAAAUGUCCAGACAUUUAGUUUAUGAGAAAUGAUCAAAUCUUGAUGCUAUAGAGACAAACUGAACAUUCAUUCUAAUGAAAUGAUCUGAUUCCUAAAGUAAUCAAUAAGUAAAUGUUAUUUUAUAUUUUCUGCUUUUACUAGGAUUUUAAAUCAAACUGUAACUGUUUGUUUUUAUUGCUCAUGUUUAAAGCUUUUACACAAAGUA